AUGGCAUCAUGGCCCCGCUGGAUCACCGAGGAUAAUCGGUUCUCCACUGUUGAUCCAGUACUUGGAAAACAGGAUAGCGCUGACUCGCGCAAGGCCUGUGCUGCUGUGCUGACUCGUGCGAGGCUCACUUGCUCGAGCUGUGUCGACGAUGUGGAAAACGCAUGCCUUUCAGUACCCGGAGUAUUUGCGGCGCAUGUGAGUCUGCAGUCCUUGACUGCACGAAUUGUGUACGAUCCGGAACUGGCCAAUCCCGAGAUUCUGGCAAGUGAGGUUGAUCAGAUCGGCUUCGGCGCAGUACCACAGGAGGAAGAUGAGGAGGAGUGGAUAUCCCAAUGGCUCACGGCAGCUAGGUCCAAAGACGAUACGGUGCGAGAAUGGACUCGGGCGUUCACCUUGUCCGCAGCUCUCAGUGGGCUUGUUUUCAUAGUCGAAGUAGUUGGUGGUAGGAUAUUAUCGCCGGUAUCACUAUUUCUGAUCAGAUCCAUCAUCGUUGUUCCGAGUAUCUGGCUGAGUGCAGCCAUCCACAAGGAGGCCUGGAGGGCCACGAUGCGUGGUCGCCCGAACGCGUCGCUUCUAUCAUCCUGUGGUCUCAUUGCCACCCUAGUAGCCGGCUUGUAUGGAGACCUAGAUGCUUUGACUCAGAAUAACAACUCUGCCUCGAUGCAGUUCAGCAUGACGUCCGCCUGUCUGCUCAUGACGGUCAUAAUAGGGGGCCGCGUUACGAAAUGCCACUUCUCGCAACGCAGCAGCCAGUAUCCGGCCGCAUUAGCAUCUGCCUUGCCGCAGUCCGCGAAUUUAAUGAGGAAUGCUGGUUGCAUGGGUGAGGACACUGUCUCAGUUCCUAUUGAUAUGCUGCGCUGUGGUGAUGUUAUCCGAGUUGACCCGCAAGAGAACUUCCCUGUAGAUGGCAACAUCGUCAAAGGUCACACCUCGGUCCGCGAGACAGUCAUUAAUGGUGAACUGACACCAAAGUCAAUUGACCCUGGUGCCUCCAUUUAUGCUGGCUCAUCGAAUGGCCUUGGAGUGGUGUUCAUAGAGGUCUGCGCAGUGAAGAGUGAGACCUGGCUGGGUCAAACACUCAAAGCAAUGGCGCAGUCGGGCGAAGCAAAAUCCAACAUGAGCCAUUUUGCUGAUCGUUUACUUGGUCGAUUCUCUGUUAUAGUGAUCAUUAUAUCUACAGUAGCUGGAGUUUAUCAUUGGUCUCAGGGUGCUUCUAUCCAAAUGGUCCUGACUCGGAUUGCGACGGUGCUGCUGUGCGCGUGCCCCUGUACUUUGGACAUGGGCAUGUCCGCUUGUCUGAUGUCUGCUGUUUCUGCUGCCUCCAAAGCCGGUAUCCUGCUUAAUCCUGGAUUUCAUAUCGACAACAGCGCAAACGCUAGAGCCAUUGUAUUCGACAAGACAGGGACUCUUACAACAGGAGAGCUUCAAAUUCAAGGUUCAUAUCUGGAGAAUGAUUGGUCAGAUGGUGCUCAGUGCGAGCUUUUCUGGAACCUGGUGGGAGUCCUCUCACGAUCGUCGGAACAUCCUGUAUCUCGUCUACUCUGUGCACAACUUCAAAGGGAAGAUAAGGAAGAUUUUGGAGAUAUCGAACUCCUGUCCCAUGAGGAAUGCCCCGGCCUCGGUAUGACUGGCAUUGUCUCACACGCAGGGGCAAAGUUCAAUGUCAUUGUGGGCAACCAGCGCCUUCUACAGAUGAAUAACAUCUACAUUGCCACUGAGCUUCCAGACCGGCCCAAGUCCUUUUUACCAGUAGGUAAUGUAUACAUCGCCAUCGAUAAUGCUCUUGCUGGCCGGAUUGCGUAUACCGACACCAUUGCUAAAGGUGCGAGUCACCUAAUCCAUACACUCCACAGCCGUGGUUUGAGUACUUUCAUCAUGACAGGCGACAGCAAAGCCCCAGCGACCGCCGUUGCAGAGUGUAUUGGUAUUCCAGCCUCCAAUGUCUAUGCCUCGUUGCUUCCACACCAAAAAGCAGAGCAGAUCCAGCGUCUGGAAGGGCAGUGCGGCCAUACAGUCAUGGUAGGAGACAACGCAAACGAUAUCCCGGGUUUGCUUGCUGCCACGUUUGGUUUUUUCUUAUUCCAUCGUCCACCUUCUCGUAACAAUAUACUCUCCCAGCUGCAAUCAGAAGCAGAUGCUAUCCUCUUACCCAAUACUGAGAAUGGGCCCGAAAUACAUGAUAUGGAGCGGGUCAGCUACGCCCUCGGGCUCAUACGGGCUACCAGCCGCCGCAUGCACCAGAUUUUAUCGUUCUCGCUCGUCUACAAUGCUGUCGCUCUGUGCUUGGCGUCUGGCCUUAUAUCUGGUGUGAUGCCUGAAGGAAAGCAAUCAUGGCUUAGCCUAGAGCCGUAA